AUGGCUCCCUCGCAGAAACGCAAGCCAAUUGACGACGACUUCGUCCACACAAUUUCCGACAAUGACGAAGAUAUUAUUGAGGAAGAGGAGGCUGUUGCGCCACCCCCCAAGAAGAAGGUGAAGACCUCCAAGAAGGCCAAGAAAGCCGCUGCUAAGGAGGGUUCGCCCGAGGAAGAAGAAGAACGCGAGGGUAUUUGGGGAAAGAACGACAAUGACGAUGGAGCUAUGGACUCCGACUUCGAGUUUGCCCAGGAUGGCGCUGUCGAAUUCGAGGCAGCGGAUUUUGAAGGAUGGGGCUUCGACGGUGCGAAGAAGUCCAUGAAGAACUCAGAGUCGCUUGGCGUGGAUUUGGAUGAAAUCAUUCGCAGAAGACGCGAGAAGAAGAACGGCAAAUCCGAGCCUGAGUUAACAGAGAAGGACGGUGCCGACGACGAGUUGGAUGACGAGUUGAACAACGAUAUGGAUAUUGACCUGGACGACGAUGAGGACGGAGUCCUUGCCGACGACGCCUUUGGCAUGGGUGCUGACGCUGAGGAGGAUGACGACGAGGCAUCCGAAGCGGAAGAAGACAACGACGAUGCGGCAUCCGAUAAUGACUCUGUUGCGACGCCAGUGGACCACCCCGAUGACGUUCGUGACUCGUCGGACAGCGAGGAGGAAGACGCAGAAGAACAGGCGAAGCGUGAUGCUUUCUUCGCGCCCGAGGAACCCGCAAAGCCCGGCAAGAAGGACACAGCGACGUCUUUCCAGGGCAUGUCUCUGUCGCGUCCCAUUCUUAGAGGUCUCGCUGCAGUUGGCUUCUCGAAACCGACCCCCAUUCAGGCCAAGACUGUGCCCAUUGCUCUCAUGGGCAAGGAUGUUGUUGGUGGUGCCGUGACUGGUUCCGGAAAGACGGCGGCCUUUGUCGUCCCCAUCCUCGAGCGUCUCAUCUAUAGGCCCAAGAAGGUGCCUACCAGCCGUGUAGUCAUUCUUACCCCUACCCGUGAAUUGGCUAUUCAGUGCCAUGCUGUCGCCACGAAACUUGCCGCUUUUACGGACAUCAAGUUCACCCUGGCUGUUGGUGGUCUGAGUCUUAAGGCACAGGAGAUUGAGCUGAGGCUGAGGCCCGAUGUCAUUAUCGCCACGCCUGGUCGUUUCAUCGAUCACAUGAGGAACUCCGCCAGCUUCAACGUCGACACGGUGGAGAUUCUCGUGCUGGAUGAAGCCGAUCGCAUGCUCGAAGACGGUUUCGCUGACGAACUGAACGAGAUCUUGACAACCCUCCCCAAGUCAAGACAAACCAUGUUGUUCUCCGCAACAAUGACAUCCUCCGUCGAUCGUCUGGUCCGCGUCGGAAUGAACAAGCCUGCCAGGGUAAUGGUGGACUCUCAGAAGAAGACAGUCGGCACCCUGGUACAAGAGUUCAUUCGCUUGCGUCCCGGUCGAGAGGAGAAGCGUAUGGGCUACCUUAUUCACAUUUGCAAGACGAUGCACACCGAAAGGGUCAUCAUCUUCUUCCGUCAAAAGAAGGAUGCUCACAGGGCAAGAAUCAUCUUUGGUCUUCUCGGCUUGUCAUGUGCCGAGCUCCACGGUAGCAUGAACCAAGCACAGAGAAUUGCCAGUGUCGAAAACUUCCGUGACGGUAAGGUCAACUACCUCCUGGCUACGGAUCUUGCCUCUCGUGGUCUUGAUAUCAAGGGCGUCGACACCGUCAUCAACUACGAGGCACCUCAAAAACUAGAGAUUUACGUCCACAGAGUCGGUCGUACGGCUCGUGCCGGCAGAACCGGUACCGCCGUCACGCUGGCUGCCGAGCCAGACCGCAAGGUCGUCAAGGCAGCAGUCAAGGCCGGCAAGUCGCAAGGUGCGAAGAUUAUGAGCCGCGUCAUCGAGCCCGCGGAGGCGGACAAGUGGCAGGCACAGGUCGACGAGUUGGAUGACGAGAUUGAGGAGAUUAUGAUCGAAGAGAAGCAGGAGAAGCAGUUCGCACAGGCCGAGAUGCAGGUCAGGAAGGGAGAGAACAUCCUUCAGCAUGAGGCCGAGAUCAAGGCGCGGCCGAAGAGGACAUGGUUCGAGACGCAGGAGGACAAGAAGAAGGCCAAGGAGGCUGGACGCAGCGAACUCAACGGCCCCAAGGACAGCAAGAAGAAGCAGAAACUCAGCAACAAGGACAGAAAGAAGCUCGACUCCAAGGCCAUGAGAAGCGAGGGCCCCGUAUGGAAGAAGGGCAAGGCAGAGCGUGCUGGACAAGGAGCUGUGCUCAACCUCAAGAAGAAGAAGGUCCCCAAGAAUGGCAGAGUGAGGGCGAAGUUGGCUCGUGGCAAGCGACGAUUCGGUCCCCCGCAUCCGCAUCCUCACAACCGUACGAGCCUACUUAGAUAUCUCUUCCCGCGAACACUCCGAGAUCGGUACCGUGAGCGCGUUCUCAACUUCAGGCUCGAUACCCUCCCGCAGCUUAAGCAUCGCUUCCAGUCUCGCAUCUAUCGGUAUAUCCUCGAGCGCCAACGUAAGCGGAACGAGAAGUCGAGGCUCGUCGACGUCUUUGCGCGGCAAAGUCGCCGCCUGCUCUUGGGCCCACCACUAGCCAGGCCGGCACGUCAUGCCAGGGGAGGAAAUAUAGGCAAGAAGAUGCCAACUUGGUCAGAUUACACAGGCUAUGGAGGAGGGGGGGCCACCGGUGGCGGCAGCAGAAACGAUAAUGGCAACGGCAACGGCAACGGCAACGGCUAUGAGUAUGAUGCAGCAUCAGGAGAAGUGCCGACCCCAGGCGAGCGAGGCUACCGUCGCAAAUGGCUGGCGGCAAAGGCGGGCAGUAUGUACCGUGCUGGAGCCGUUGCUAUGAAUGAGAUAAGAGAAGGUUAUGCGCAAACACGGGUGCGGGCGCUGGAACCGGAGGAUGGUCAACCAAGGACAACGAUACCUGGAUCAUUCCCCGGCGUUGCAAUUACUGUACAAGGCGACGAUCAGAUGGUUAUAUUCCCGUCAUAUGCGAAACGACACGUUAAACAGAACUGGGGCGACGAGAACGAGUUCAUUUCAAACGACCCCCAUGGAAGCAUUAGAGAUCCAGAGUAUUGGAGGAAAGAGUGGGAGCGCAACGAGGAUGAGAGGGCGAUAGUUGAUAUCGACGUCCGAGGAUGGAUCUAUUCUCCGCACAAGGGCCCGAUGACGAGGCGCAACCGUAUUCUUAUCGGCCUCGCGCGCCAGCUAAGCGGCAUCCCAGCACCUAGACAGGAUGCGCCGCCAAUGGACUCACUAGGAGCGCUGCAUCAGUCUCACGAAGAGAGGAGAGAGCAAGAGAAGAUCGCCAAAGAGGCCGCAGAGAUCGAGAAGAGGGGCCAAGAGGAAAGGCGGGUAGCUAAUAGAGGUGGCUUCAGCGAACCUGCGAGAGACGACUCUGAUGACGACUCUGGUAGCAUAUACCCAUCAAAAUCGAGGUCCCGUAGCGGUACCCGAACGCCCAUGACAGCCCCGGGAUCCCCCAAGAUGCCGGCCAAGCAGUACACAACCAGCACUGACUUGUCGGAUGCCGAGCUGUCUGUCGCGAAUGCGAAUCUCAUGGCUAGGAUAGCACCGUUCAUGACGACGCCGCUGGUCCAGCUACCUAUCACCAUCUUCUUUUACAACGAUGAGAAGUCGGCAUCUCGGACAGUACAAACAAAUGACGCGGGACACUUCAUCAUCCGUGCCGCCCUAGACUUUGUCCCUACGCAUGUUCGUGUACUAGCGAAUGAGAGUCUCUCAGCAACCCAGGAAGUUAAGAUCAUUGAGCCUAAGGGUGUUAGUCUCAUCAGCGAUAUCGACGACACCAUUAAGCGAUCUAAUAUUUCGGGCGGCGCCAAAGAGAUCUUCCGCAACACGUUCAUCCGGGAGCUGAAGGAUCUUACCAUCGAAGGUGUCAAGGAGUGGUACAAUGAGCUGCAUUCAUUGGGCGUCAGCAUACAUUAUUGCUCCAACAGCCCGUGGCAGCUGUUCCCGGUGCUGGCCAGUUACUUCAUGAUUGCUGGCCUACCUCCGGGGUCGCUUCAUCUCAAGCAGUACAGCGGCAUGCUUCAGGGAAUCUUCGAGCCCGUAGCAGAGAGAAAGAAGAGCACGCUAACACGGCUGAUGAAGGACUUCCCCGAGCGCAAAUUCCUGCUUGUUGGCGACAGUGGUGAGGCAGACCUGGAAGUUUACACGGAGUUAGUCGAGUCACAUCCUGGUCGGAUCAUUGCAGUCUUCAUCCGCGACGUCACAACCCCUGAGCAGAGCGGCUAUUUCGACUCAUCCUUCGAGAGUGGCCCUGCACGCCAGAACGUUCCAACAAUAAGGCUUCAAGACAGGAGUGAUGAGCCAUCCAAGAGACCUGGCCUUCCUCCGCGAACCGAGGCUAAGUCUGCUGGCCCCGUCAUGGGGGAUCUGAUCGAUUUCUCAGAUGAGCCGGAGGAGGCGGCCUUGGACGAUGCGGCAGCACUCGCCCAACUCAGGGCGGCGGGAGCAAAGCCCAAUGCAAGUACCUCAGAUCUUGCUCUCCGGAAACCCCCUCCACCUCGGCCAGUCAAGCCAGCAGCCCUCCGCAGUUCGCCCUCGGAUACGAAGGUGCCUACCGUUGGGUCAAACGGCGGUUCCACACCUCCGCCGGUGCCACGAUCCAGAAAGCCGUCAGCAGAUAGAUCGGCCCCUCAUCCGCUGUCGCAAAUCCACAACGCAUCCCAGCAAACAGUAGCCAGCACCAGCAGCGUGCCAAAGAUAACCAAAAUACCAGCAAGGACGCCAUCCAACGACACGAGUAAGGCGGUAAAAGCUGCACCUCCUCCCCCGCCACCCCGGCGUCGGGAUACCCCGUCAAGCUCUCGGAGCCUUAGCCCGCGGACAAUCAACAACAGGCGAAGGCUGUCAAGCAAUGAUGACAUCGACUUCGAGGCCCUACCACCGUCUGCAGCAUCUCAACCACCUCCGUUUGCGAAGACCAAGUCUGGAAGCAUGAAGUCGGGAGCUACCUCCCCGACUUUGGGCUCGCCUACGCUGGGACCAACGUACCCCAACAGGAAGCAUGAAUUAUGGAUGCGCCGACUCCAGCGGGCGCAGGAGAUAUUGGAAAACCAUGGUGUGGCACUGUACACCUGGCGCAGAGGCGACGACGUCGUGGCGGAGGCGGUAGGCAUGGUGAAGGAAGAGUUGAGGAAAUUAGGAAAAGGGGGUGAGAAGGAUGCGCGGACGGAGGGGAAGAGAUUCGAGAAGCAGCUGAAAAGGGAACAGCACCAGCAGCAGCAGCAGCAGCAGCAGUAUCAUCAGCAACCACGGCAACCUCCACAGCCGAGGAGAUGA